AUUCUGAUACCAUUUUGCUCUUUUGUGCCAGAGGACCGGGGAUGGGCGGAUAGAUUUGGGGCUAUGGGAUUUGGUGGCGCAGCUAUGAUGUUCUAUAUGGGAGGUUUUCAAGAUGUAGAAAAGGAAAUACUCAAAAAAGUUACCCCCCAUUGCCAUGGCUUUCAGGCGCCUAUCCGCCUCGUGUAUCCCUCUCGCUGAGGUAGAGCUUGUCACCAGUAUCCUAGCCCUCACCAAUCUCACGCGCAUUGACAGUAGCAACGUCAUUCUAUGGAGCGGGAAUCUGUGGCUCGUGAAACACGUCCAUACAUCAAUGAUGUUCAAAUUGGCUGAAUUAAUAUCGGAUAGAAGAGCCACGCUCGCCAUUCUUUGUAUGACAACAAGAAACUCCAGGCAGCUCGAUAGCCAGUGUCUGCAUGCUCGCGAGACAGUGCUGAAGAAUCACUUGAGAUCUUCGCUUCAAGUCACAUGUUGCUCAUCUGCGUCGUCCUCGUCGGACAAAAAGCUACCCAGAAUCUGCCGACUGGGCAGCUCUAUGUCAACAUUGUUGAUCUUCUUGGCCAGGGCAACCUGGACGAUGGCGAUCACAGCCAUUGAGUUAGAUAGAUGGAGGCCAAAACAAAAAGGUCGAAGUCAUCAACAUGAGGUCACCUGGCAGCCUUGCGAUAGGAGUCGGUACGCCUUGACAACGAUACCCAAAUUCGCAGCAUCCUCAGAGCGAUAUCGUCGACGAGGCGCUGAUGUCUCACGAUCCUCCAAAUCUCAAAGUGGUACGUUCUCCGUGCAUGAUGUCACGUGCUCCACGCGUCGCGGCACGUCUGGUGCUCCACUCUUAAUGAGCUUGGUCAUAUGCUGCGCUACCAUUGGCUUCAGCCACAAAUUCUCCCAGCCACUCACAUGACAUUAGCCUUCCGUCGCCAAAGGAACACGGUCCUCAUCGUGUGCCAUUGAAAGAUUCCAGCGCACUUUCUUCACUCCAUUUCAAGUUCACCUCACACGCUCAUUCAACACUCUCCCUCAUUGUCCCUCACCAUGCGCGGCACCAGUCACAGAUCUUGCAUCAUGCCAGGGAGCAUGCCGGCGGCAUGGAGCACGCCGUUCCUUACCCGCACCCCAGACUGGGUCUAUUCAGAGGCGUCUAACAUGCAGUAUGUCUCCCAUUGUGUGUGCGCACUGAGCCAAUUGCUAACAGGGAAGCCUCACGAAUGACAAGACAUGG